AUGCGUAUCGCCUCUACAAUGGUCCUCGCCGUCAUUACUGCUCUAGUAUCAUCAACCUCUGCCGGCCCCAUUACCGGUGAUGAGGCUAGCGCCAAUAAAUGUCGCACAUGGUGCACUUCUUUCUCACAAUGCGACAGCUUGGACUGCUAUUACAAUGUAUGCAUCUUCUUUCUGUGUACAAGUUGGUCAAUGCGCAUAAGGAAAUUACACGUCCACUUCAUGCAGCUCUUCGCAUAUUGGAGUUGGCGUGAAAUGUUCGUGAAAUAUAGGGAAUGUUGGACUGAGAUAAGACGUGCGAGGACACAAAAAUAA